UAUCGAAGGCGGCAACAAUAGAUCGCCAGAAACAUCAACUUCCUGCCUGCCUAGAAGUCUGGCAAGCUCCCGAACCGCAUGGCGGAACGGGAAAAGGGACGUGCCAAAGACGACAGACGUUGGCAAGGCCGUUCCGAUGUUUACCAAUCCAAGCCGCAGAUCCGCAAGGAGCGCCGCCACCCGCCACAGCCAAAUCAUCCUCAUGAGAAGGACCAGCGACAAGAUCGUCGGUUCUCAGAGGAGAAGCAAUCCCUACCAGAAAUUAUAGUGGGGGGAAAGUACCGCUUGCUGAAGCGUAUUGGAAACGGAUCCUUCGGCGAACUUUUCCAGGCCGAGGGGCUCAAGUACCACGAGAAGGUGGCCAUAAAGCUGGAGAGCUCCACGGUCAAGCACCCAUUGCUGCCCCGCGAGGCCAGGAUCUAUGGCAUCCUGCAGGGCGGACUGGGUAUCCCGCAUGUGAAGCACUAUGCCACCGAGGGGGCGUAUAAUGUCAUGGUGAUGGACCUCCUGGGGCCCACGCUGGAAGAUCUGCUCAACCUCUGCUCACGCUCCUUCAGCAUGAAGACCACCCUGAUGCUGGCCGAACAGAUCCUGGCCCGCGUGGAGCUGCUCCACCGGAGAUGCUUCAUCCACCGGGACAUCAAGCCGGACAACUUCCUGAUGGGCCUGAACCGCCACCAGACUCAGGUGUACAUGAUUGACUUCGGACUGGCCAAGAAGUUCUACAGCCUGCGCACCCAGAAGCACAUCGGCUACACGGAGAACCGGGACCUGGUAGGCACGGCCCGGUACGCCAGUGUGCGAGCCCAUUACGCGGAGCAGAGUCGUCGGGAUGACCUGGAGUCCGUGGGCUACCUGCUGCUCUACUUCCAGCGUGGUCGUCUUCCCUGGCAGGGAAUCCGUGCUCACACGCAGGCCCAGAAGUACGAGAAGAUAGCUGAGUACAAGGCCAACAUCUCACUCCAGCAACUCUGCUCCGGCUUGCCUGUCGAGUUCUUCAUGUACCUGAAGUACUGCCGCAAGCUGCACUUCGCCGAGAAGCCGGACUAUGUGUAUCUGCAGCAGCUGUUCAAGGUGCUCUUCCGGAACCAGUUCAAGGUGUACGACUUCCUCUUCGAUUGGGUCGUUUUGAAGCGAGAGUCGCUGGAGCAACAAUCGCAGCAAAAGGGUAGGGAAAGGGACAGGGGUGGAAAAAGGAACGGGGUGUUGCAGAAGGAGAGGCAGCGACACAAGGAUAAGGGUAGGGAUUGUGAUACGCAGAGGUGUCGCAUAAGGAAUGGGGGAGAUUUGUUUGAGAUCGGGGAAAAUGAAAGUACCACUGCCGUAGACCCAAACGAAGAUAAGCCGCGGAACAAGAAUGGCAAGGCCUGCUCCUGCAGCUACCACCUCCAGAAGCGCCUUCAGAAUCGGGAUACGAGGGCGCCUCUGAUGACCGAGCGGAGGAUCCUUUCGAGGGAGCAGGAGCAGGAGCUGGAGCUGGAUCUGCGGGGGUCCCCCCAGAUGCACUGUCUUUGAUAUUACGUUGUUUGUAAAUGUCUCGCGUGAUAAUUAACUGCCGAGCAACUAUAUUUAGCAUGACUUAACCAUUUAA